AUGUCAUAUAUAAACAAAUUGAUAAUCUUUUUUCUCUCAUCUUUCUGUCAUUCUAUCUUUCUUUCAUACUUUCUUUCUUUCAUCCUUUUUUUCUUUCUAUAUCUUCCUAUAUUCUUUUCAUUUUUGCUUCUUUCUUUCUUUCACUUUCUAUAUUCUUUUAAUUUUGGCUUCUUUUUUCUUUGUCAUCCUUUAUUAUUUUCAAUUUUUACCUUUUUCUUUCUUUCUAAUUUUCUUUCUUUUUAUAUCUUUGUAUAUUCUCAUCUUUGUUUUGUUCUUUCCUUCUUUCUUUCUUUCUUUCUUUAUUUUCCUAUAUUUUUUCCAUUUUUCCUUCUUUCUUUUUUUGUUUCAUUUUUUGCUUCAUUCUAUCUUUAUUUCUUCAAUUUUCAUCCUAUUUUCUUACUUUCACUUUCAUUUUCAUCCUAUUUUCUUACUUUCACUUUCACUCUUACACACCUUUUUCUCUUCUCUUUCUCAUUAUUUUUUCUCCUCUUCUGUUUCUCCUUACUCUUGCUCAUCAUGUUAUCCCAUCCUUCACUCUCUUUUUCUCCCUCUUCAAUUUUAUAUCCCACUAUUACUUUUCAAUCGACACUUCAUCAUUGUUUUUUUUCCUUUUUUUAUUUUUCUCAUCCUUUUUCAUUUAUCAAUCCAUUACCAAUUUUUCGUUCUUUCAGCCUCCUCCUUCUCCUCUCCCUUUUUCCUUCCUUUAUUCUCAUCCUCAUGUUUAUCAUUUUCUUCAUCUUUGCUCUUUCCUCUUCUAAUCAUUUUCCCUCUUUCCUUCUCUCUAUCCAUCAGCCUCACCUUUCUAUUCAUACUCCUCAUCUUCAUCCCUUCUUCUUUUUCUUUCUCUCCUCUUUCACCUCUUCAUCUUUUCCCCACUUCCUUCCCUCCUCAGCCGACCAUACAAUCUCUAUUCUUAUCUAUCUCAUCUAUUCCUCUCUCUUUUCUCUCUCUCUCUCUGUCUAUCUAUAUAUUCAAGGUGAUGCCAAAACUUCUGUAAUUCAUUCUAUUCCAACACUCUCAUUUGAUCUAUCUAUCUAUCUAUCUAUCUAUAUAUAUAUAUAUAUAUAUAUAUAUAUAUAUAUUCAAGGUGAUGCUGAAACUUCUGUAUCUACCUCAUUCUAUUCCAACACUCUCAAUCUAUCUAUCUAUCUAUCUAUCUAUCUAUCUAUCUAUCUAUCUAUGUUAUUGCUGAAAAUUUUUCACCUAAUCCAUUCCCUAGAAUCUGACAGAUAUUUUUGGUGA